CUCAGCUGCUCUCUGCUGCCACCACCCCCCCCCCCCCCCCCUCCCGUCUUUGUCUUUACGCUCCUUUUAUUCCAUUAUGGGUUUUGUGUUGCAAAGCUGCUGCGACUGUUUCUUUGCAGAUGGAUCGAGCUGUGUCUGCCAGCUUGGCGGUUCUCCAUGACCAUGGUGGCCAGUUUUCUGAUGGUGGGGGGGCAGCUCCUGAUGCCGGGCGUGGCCGCUCUGUGCCGCAGCUGGCCGGACCGGGACGACUGGCAGGUGCUGCAGAUAGUCAUCAUCAGCCCCUUCGUCCUGAUGCUGCCCUACGUCUGGAUUUUUCCCGAGUCACUGCGCUGGUUGCUGGCCACCCGGCACUACAGGAGGUCCAAGGCCAUGAUGCUUCACAUCGCCCGGAAGAACCAGGUCGACCUGACCACCGAGCCCAGCGGGGUGUUCACAGAGCUGGAGCAGGAGCUGCACAAGAGGCCCCAGAGGACCUGCAUCGUGAAGAUGAUGAGCACCAGGAACCUGUGGAAGAACAUCGUGGUGCUGUGUGUCAACUCCCUGACAGGUUAUGGGAUCCACCACUGCUUCGCCCGCAGCAUGAUGGACCCGGAGGCGCAGCCCACUGCUCUGUGCCACGCAGACUACUACACCAUGGCUGGCAUCGCCGUGGCCACCUGCCUGGCAGUGUGCCCCGCUGUGGGGCUGAUGGGACGGCGGGGGGGGCUUCUCACCUUCAUGAUCAUCACGGCCCUGGCUUCCCUGCUGCAGCUCGGCCUGCUCAACUUGAUCGGGAAGUACAGCCUUCGCCACGACACAGUUCUGCGAGACUCCCUGAACAGGAAGUUCUCGGUGGCGUUCUCCAUCAUCGGGAUGUUCUCCUCUCACGCCGUCAGCACGCUCAGCAUCUUCUUCUGUGCUGAAAUCACCCCGACAGUCAUCAGGGGAGGAGGGCUCGGCCUGGUCCUGGCCAGCGCCGGCUUCGGGAUGCUCACCGCUCCCAUCAUGGAGCUCCACAACCAGAAGGGCUACUUCCUGCACCACGUGAUCUUCGCCUGCUGCACGCUGCUGUGCAUCAUCUGCCUGCUGCUGCUGCCGGAGCCGCGGGGCCAGCCGCUGCCGGAGAGCCUGGCCGACGGAGAGACCUUCACCCGGCAGACGCUGCUGCACCCCGGGGAGCAGCACCUCCUCCUCGUGAAGAGCGACAGGGACUACUCCCGCGUCCACGACACGCCCAUACACCUCUUGACCACCGGGGGUGCUACAGUGGCAGCAGCCACCGCUCUGGCAGCGGUGCCGGCCUCGUAUGCCCUGGCGACUGGUGGGGAGGUGAUUGGAAAUUGUGCCGUAGCCAAUGGGGUGUGA